AUGAAUCCAGUCACCCUCCAAAUCCUCCUCUCCCUCUCUCCCUCUCCCUCUUCCCUCUCUUCCUCCCUCUCCGUCAUCGCCACCAUCCACAAUCCAACCCCUCAGCCCAUCACCUUCCUACGAUGGGGAACCCCGUUGGACCCCCGAGCCGAUCUCCUGGGCAUCUUUCACAUCCACGACGAGACCCUCGAUCAGCCCGUCGUACUGGAUACCGUCCAGAUGAAUCGAAAGUGGCCGCCUUCCGAGGUGGAUUUCGUGCAGAUUCUGCCUGCGAGUUCCGUCGAGGCGACUGUCUCUUUGCCUCUGGAUAGGAAUAAACAUGAGGAUCGGUCUGGACAUGAGUUCUCCGUGCAGGCUAAAGGGAGAUGGCAUGGAGUGUGGUCAGGGACAGCGAAGGAGGUGAUCGCCCUGGAGGGGAAGCAGGCGGAGAGAGGGGAGUUUGAGUCAAAUAUCGCCAGGACUACCUUGAUUUAG